UUAUCACAGGUACAGGUUAAUCAAGGAGGUUGGUGAUGGAACGUUUGGGAGUGUCUGGAGAGCUAUUAAUAAGCAAACUGGUGAAGUUGUUGCAAUCAAGAAAAUGAAGAAGAAAUAUUACUCUUGGGAGGAGUGUAUAAAUCUGAGAGAGGUCAAGUCGUUGAGGAAAAUGAACCACCCUAAUAUUGUGAAACUGAAGGAAGUUAUUCGAGAAUGUGACAUUCUAUACUUUGUUUUCGAGUACAUGGAAUACAACCUGUACCAGCUCAUGAAAGACAGGUCAAAGCUGUUUUCUGAAGGCCAAGUUAGAAAUUGGUGUUUUCAAAUUUUUCAAAGUCUUGCUUACAUGCACCAGCAUGGAUAUUUUCACCGCGACCUGAAGCCAGAAAACUUGCUGGUUACCAAGGAUGCUAUUAAAGUUGCUGAUUUUGGUCUAGCACGAGAGAUCAGUUCACAACCACCCUAUACUGAAUAUGUCUCCACACGGUGGUAUCGAGCUCCUGAAGUGCUGCUUCAGUCUUAUCUCUAUGGUCCUGAAGUUGAUAUGUGGGCAAUGGGUGCUAUAAUGGCUGAACUCUUCACUCUCCGCCCGCUUUUUCCUGGUGCCAGUGAAGCAGAUGAGAUCUACAAAAUAUGCAGUGUGAUUGGCAGUCCCACCGUGGAGUCAUGGGCUGGUGGUCUUAAACUUGCAAGGGAUAUCAACUAUCAGUUUCCACAGCUUGCUGGUGUUCAUCUUUCUGUUCUAAUCCCCUCUGCAAGUGCUGAUGCUAUCGACCUUAUGACAGCACUUUGCUCAUGGGAUCCCAGCAAGAGGCCGACAGCUGCUGAGGCCCUUCAGCACCCAUUCUUCCAGAGUUGCUUUUAUAUUCCUCCUUCCCUCCGCACCAAAGCAAUAGCCAGAACUCCUCCAUCCGCUGGGGUGCGGGCAUCGGGGGAUCGCCAUGGGGCUAAGAGAUAUUCAGGUGCUUUGUCUAAUUCGAAGCUAACCAAUAAUUAUCCUCCCACUAAAUUGCAACCUCCUUUUGCUCCAGGUGUACAACGCAAACUGGAUUUGACAAAUGAGGAUGGAAAUAAAACUGAUAAAGCCUUGAAGACUGUCAAACAACCAAAGUAUAGGCCUCCCGGAAAGAACAGCCCAACAUCGAUGAACAAGGGAAGAACAGUACGUGGGGUUGCAGAGACAGCUGAGAAGUUGGCUAAUAUGAGUGUUGGAAUCCGAAAACAAUCUAUGGGAGAAGCUCGACCUCCUCCUCCAAUGAAAGCUGGAGUCCAGUGGGGUUCUGAAUCUAAGAACUUGCUGCCGAGGCCUGCUCAAGUGGUUUCUACUGGAAGAACUUUUCCUAGGAAAGUUGCCGGAUGAGAAAAUACCAGCAAAAUAAAGUUAAUCUUCCUUCCAUUGUUAAAUAUGGUCCUCCAGUAUAUGUUUGCUCUUACCCUUGAACCUUUUGGUUAUCCGCUGGUUUUGCGUUUGAGUGUUUGUAUCUCUUAUGGGGUGGGAACUGUGCUGAUUCGCUAGUUUGCUUGUUAUUUUAUAUAUAUUUGGCGAGUUUUAAUGAAUAAAAGGGCGCUACGCUCUUUGCUUGUGUUCAGUUUCGGUUAAUGCUAAGCGUGCAAUGGAAGUUGUAUCAAAACAUAUGAAAUUUUAGUUGCAGACUUGCUCUGUCAGCUACUCUUGAAUUUUACUUCUUGAAUAAUAUGGUAGCGUUCUGUAUU